GCGAUGGACGUGGCGGGCGUCGCGCUCGGCAGCUGGCGGCAGGCGGCGGGCGGCGACUUGGCCGCGCACGUCGUCAGCCGCGCCCUCAUCGCGACGGCGGCGGAGGCGGGCGCCGAGGCGGUGGCGAGCGCCGUCGUGCGCACCGAGCUGCAGGCGAGCCUGCUCGCGGGCGAACGGCUCACCGCCGCCGUUGCACUCAACGGCGUCGGCGCCCGCCUCAUCCCCGUCAUUGGCGCCGUCGUCUCCGGCACCAUCGACGCCGUGAGCACCGCGCGCACCGGCGCGGCGGCGCGCCGCACCUUUGGCCCGCCGACGGCCGAGCCCGCCGCGAGCACCCCCCCCUGGGCCGAAGGCGUGUCCGCGUCGGCUGCUGGGGCUGCCGAGGCCGCCGUCGACCGGCUGACCUCCGCUGGCGCGGCAGCCGCCGACGCCGCCGACGCUGCAGAGGCAGCGCUCACGGACGCGGCGGCGAGCUUGUGGUCGUCGGUGUCUUCGCGGCUCUCCAUGGUGGGCUGA